AUGUUAGAUGUUAGUUUUACCGGAGAGUUCAUAGUGAAAGCUUCCCGCCACCAACCGGAGAACAUUCAAAGCGUAUCUCUCUCAAAUCUUGACCUUCUUUCAGGCCGUUUUCCGGUGACCUACUUUUACUUCUACACCAAGCAACCUCAGUUAUCAUCAACCUUUGAUUCCAUCGUCAAAUCCCUCAAAACUUCUCUCGCUGAAACUCUUAACUUGUUCCAUCCUUUCGCGGGUCAGAUCGUUCCAAACGAAACCUCUCAAGAAGAGCCUAUGAUCGUCUGCAACAACCAUGGAGCUUUGCUAGUAGAAGCACGAGCUAAUUUAGAUCUCAAAAGUCUCGAUUUUUACAAUCUCGACGCGUUGCUCCAAGCAAAGCUGGUCCGGGUUAACCAGGAUUUCCCUUUACAGGUUCAAGCCACAGACUUCGAAUGCGGAGGCCGCUGUGUAACCUUCACAUUCGAUCACGCUUUAGGAGACGCGAGCUCUUUCGGGAAGUUCCUCACCUCGUGGUCAGAGAUAUCAAGAAAUCAGCCGGUUUCUUGUCUACCAGAUCACCGGAGAUAUCUCCUCCGAGCGCGCUCUCCUCCACAUUACCACCCUCUCUUAGACAAAACAUUCAUAAAAUGCAGCGAGGAGGAUAUCAAGAACAUACCAACGCCAAAACCGCUCAUCAAGCGUCUCUAUCACAUUGAUGCUUCCAGCAUAAACGCGUUGCAAGCUCUAGCUACUGUAAACGGAGAGAGAAGGACAAAGAUCGAAGCUUUCUCCGCUUAUGUGUGGAAGAAAAUGGUGGAUUCCAUAGAGAGUGGUUAUAAAACCUGCAAGAUGGGCUGGCUUGUUGACGGUCGAGGAAGACUUGAGACCGUUACCUCGAGCUACAUAGGAAACGUCUUGUCUAUAGCUGUAGGUGAAGACACUGUCGAAAACCUGAAGCAAAACCAUGUAUCAGAGAUAGCAAACAUUUUGCAUAAAUCGAUAACUGAAGUGACGAACGAUACACAUUUCACAGAUUUGAUAGAUUGGAUCGAGAGUCACCGACCUGGACUGAUGUUGGCUCGGGUGGUUCUUGGACAAGAAGGACCAGCUUUGGUCUUGUCUUCAGGACGACGGUUUCCUGUGGCUGAGUUGGAUUUUGGAUUUGGUGCUCCUUUCCUUGGAACUGUCUGUUCAACGAUUGAGAAGAUAGGAGUUGGUUACCUUAACCAGCGACCUAGCGCCUGCAACGAUGGCUCGUGGUCAGUUUCUGCUAUAGUGUGGCCUGAACUCGCUGCAGCUUUAGAGUCUGACUCUGUUUUUCAGCCAAUGUCUGCUAAACAUCUUCAACUCCAUACCUGA